UCAAGACGACGUCCCGCUACCUCUGGCUUUGCUCUUUAAAAAAAAAACAACAACGCCAAAGAGGGGGGAGAGAGAGAGAGAGGGGAAGCGAAAGCGCCCAUCAUCAUCCUCGGCUCUCCCUCGCCCCCUCUUCCCAAAAUGCGGUCCCUGGCUUGCAACAGCUGGCUCCUCUUGGGCUCCUUCCUGAUCGCCUCCAGCCGAGGAAACCUCUCCCGCGACCUGUCCCAGCCGACAACGUCAGACGAAAUAGUUGUUGCAGGAUCCAAGGUGAUUCUCCGGUGUGAGGUGGAAGAUCCUGACGAUUCUUCACUGCAGUGGUCUAAUCCAGCCCAGCAGACACUCUACUUUGGGGAGAAGCGAGCAUUACGAGACCUUAGAAUCCAGCUGGAGAAGUCGACGCCCAACGAGCUGACCAUCAGUAUUGACAAUGCGACGCUGGCCGACGAGGGAGAAUACACCUGCUCCAUCUUCACGAUGCCAGUGCGGACUGCGAAGGCCAUUGUCACUGUGUUGGGAAUCCCGCAGAAGCCCCAGAUCUCCGGCUACGUGGCUCCUCUCAAGGAUGGCGAUACAGCCAAGCUGAUGUGUAUGUCUUCGGGGAGCAAGCCCGCUGCUGACCUCCGGUGGCACAAGGGUGACAAACCCUUGCAAAGUGAACCGUUGGUAGUAGAAGAAGAUGCCAAUGGGAAGACGUUCACCGUCACCAGCCGUGUCGAAUUUUCCGUGGGGAAAGAAGACGACGGAGCAGAGGUCACCUGUACGGUCGAUCACGCGUCGCUCCAGAACUCCGACAAAUCCACCUCCCAGCGGAUAUCCGUGUUCUACAAGCCAACAGCUAGAAUUGAACCAAAACCGGACCAUCCACGAGAAGGACAAGAUUUGGAACUUCAUUGCGAUGGUCAAGGCAACCCAGUCCCUCACGAAUACAAGUGGGAGAAAGAAGGCGCGGAGAUGCUGCUGACAGAACCCCAAGUCCAGGACAACAUCCUCACCUUCGCCAACUUGAACAAAAGCGACAGUGGGACCUACAUCUGCUAUGCCUCCAGCAUCAUGGGCAUGUCCAUAGCACGUUACAACCUGGCCGUGAAUGAUGCUAGUCCGGUACCGCAUGCCGGGGGCGCCUACCACGCCAUCAUCGGGGGAGUGGUGGCUCUCAUCGUUUUCCUCCUCCUCAUCCUGCUCAUCAUCCUGGGACACUACCUGAUCAGGCACAAAGGUAGGUCCCCUCCCGAUAUCCCCAGAGGUUCAUCUAGCUUGUUUAUUUUUCAGUGGCUCCACCCAUUCUCUCUCACUGGACCACCCAUGUGCCACAAGGGUGAACAACCAGGGGCUCAGCGGCUGCAGUUUCCCUCCGCCCUGGUGAGCAUCGCCAUUGGUGGUGAGUGA